AUGUGGCGGCUGCAGCGGCGGGCGCUGGCGGUGCCGGUGUGGGCGGCGCUGCGGGCGGCCUCCCCCGGCGGCGUGGGCGGGGCGCGGGGCCGGGGCUCGUCGUCGUCGUCGUCGUGGUGCUGGCGGUGCGGCGGGGCCCUGGGCGGGGGCGGCGGCGCCUCCUGCUUCUGCCCGGCCUGCCGCGCCCUGCAGCCGCCGCCCCCCCUUCACGGCGCCGACCUCUUCCGCCUCAUGGGAUGCCCCCCUCCCCGCAGCGAGCGCUCCUUCCGGCUGGACGAGGCCCAGCUGCAGCGGCGGUUCCGGAGCCUCCAGCGCCGCCUCCACCCGGACCGCUUCGGCCAAAGCACCCAGGCGGAGCGGGACUUCUCGGAGCAGCACUCGGCGCUGGUGAACCGGGCCUACGGCACCCUCCGCCGCCCCCUCAGCCGCGGCCUCCACCUGCUGGAGUUAAAUGGGGUGGAGCUGGAGAAAGGAACAGACAGUGAGGCAGAUCCUGAAUUCCUCUCAGAAAUCAUGGAAAUUAACGAGAAACUGACAGAAACGAACAAUGAAGAUACAAGAGAAGAGCUGGAAAACUACAUUGCAGCCAAGCAAGAGGAGCUGGCCAGAGUUGUGGGCCAAGCCUUUGACCAAGAUGAUCUUCAGAAAGCAAAAAAAGCUCUGGCCAAAAUGAAAUAUUUUGCCAACCUGGAAGAAAAGGUGAAAAGAACAAAGAUCCCUUCCUGACAUCACAUUAUUCAU